UCACGAGAUAUUUUUGGGCCGCCACACAGCAGCGGAACGCUUCCAUCGGUCGGCCUCUCUGCUGCGAGGCAACGAGUGGGAGCUUUCAGCAUCACGCCCUUCGUAGCUAGAAGAAGACUAAAUUCUGCCACCGCGUUGCAACGGCAGCACAGGGGAUGGGGCUGGGAGAGGACGAGUUCCUCGUGCCGUCGGGGCCGAUGAUGGGGGGCAGCAGCAGCAGAGAGAGCCUGCGAUCUCACCACCAGCACCAGCACCAGCACCAGCAGCCUCCCGGUCCGUGGAAACUCGUGCGGCCGCUGCUCGUAGCGCUCGGGGUGUUCGGGGUCUCCACUGGCGCCGCGCGGUACCUCUUCCCCCGCAGAAAGCUGCAGCCGCAGCGGGAGCAGCUGGAGAGGCUAGUCGCCGUGAGGACCGGUGAGAGCCCUGUCACGAGCGAGUGCGCCACGGCUGCGAAGGUGGUGAUGGAAGGGGCUGACCUGACCCGUUACUUCUCGCUGGAGCUGGGCGCUGCGGCCGUGUAUGGUGUUGAGGAGCACGAGGCCCUGUACAACGGUUACAAAUUCUGGUUCGAGAGUGCAGAGAACAAGGCCAUGUUCGAGGAGAGUCCAAAGUCGUACAUUCCUCAGUGGGGGGGCUUCUGCAGUUGGGGGAUUUCCCGGGAGGAUUGGUGGAAUGCAGACGAGCUAGGGCCUCCCGCCGACCCGAACCAGUGGCUCAUCACGGACGAUGGCGGUCUUCACUUUUUCAGAAGCGAACUUCCCAUGUCCAAGUUUCUGGGGGAUGUUCCAGGGAACAUCGUGGCCGGCAACCAAAUUUGGCAUUCUUGGUGGGGAGACGUUGAGCCUGCCGCGGACGGGGCGGGCUCUCCCCUAGACACUGACUGCUUCUGCUCGACGGAAACGUGCGAGGACGCCUAAGCCAAGCCGGCUCGUCCCUUUCUCCUGGGGGGGUGCGUGACCACUCCAUGGUCGUCGUCACCUACUACCUCUCUCAAUGGGGCUCGUUAUUGCCGUGAGGGGCGGCAAACCAACCGCAGCUCACGCCUCCCGUCUCCCCUUCGUCGCGAAUCCAAUUUCGCUGCUAGUGUUUGUUGGGUGUUUGGACGAAAAGUAACGGUCGACCUCUACUCCGUCGAAAUCCAUUUCGCGCAGUGUUGCAGGCUUGACCUCUCUUCCGUCAUACUCCAUUUCACAUAGUUGCGCCUUUCGUUGCGCGUGCAUCCGGAUCUGAAGCUGUAUCUGUGUUUUUUUCCCAUAGGAGUAUCGUCGGAAGCACCACCGUUUUUUUUGCCGCGUACGUCUAGGCAUCGCCAACGUCGAACUACUUGUGGCGGACGCCUAGUCUCCAUUGGGACAAUGUGCAUAGAACAGUGUGGUUGUGUUGGGCAUGGUCUGAUGGAAGUAUCCAAGGUGGUAGCCUAGCCGACCUGCCCUACAGCAGUGGAGGCGUGUGUCUUGUUUACCCCGGUGACGAUGACACUAGGGAUGCUACGGGAGUGGGUCGCACACAAAGGGCGAUAACAUGCGACUGACGCUGAUUGUUGGAAUGGAUUGCAGGUCAAGAAUGUUACGGGGUUCGACUGUCUGAUACGAUGCACUUUGUUUUGGGGGCCACAACUUCCGAUUAUGUUGAAACGGUUCGGCAGGUAUGUUUUCCGUCGAACCCUGUAUGUUGCGCGCAUGUAAGGUUUGUCUGGUACCAUGUACUUCGGGUUUUCUGUUGAAUCAGUGAAUCUCCGACUUGUUGAUAAAUCGCAUCAUGGAGUGGACUGUUGCUUGCUUAUAAAAAAAUGCGUAUUUAGUGGAAAAAACAGUUUUGAGACAACCAUAAUCGAGUUUGCAACAAAGUUGGCGUGAAAACUGGCGUGUGAGCUACGAGCUACCGUGUUUGUUGCUGUGACAGCCUCUGUUGCCCGGCCUCGGGUUAAGCAAAAUGGCGAUCAAUUUUUGGCGAAAAAAGGAAAAGAAAGUCGU